AACAUGAUGUCGAUUUUCUGAUCACUAUAUCGUUUCCAUACUCACCAAGCCAUCCCUGCGGUAAUAUUAAUGUUUUAAGAACCACCCGCAGAAACGAAUUGUAAAGUGGGUGAGCGGGGGAUAAAGGGCCCGGGAAAUUUCAACGUUGCAGACAAGAUGACAGGCGACGAUGAGAAAAAGCCAACGUCGGCAGUGAAUAACAAUCUAGAAGGAGAUAAUAAUCAUGAAAAUGACCGCAACGUCCUUCCUAGUAAGAGACAAUAUACUCGCCGGAUAUGUGGGAUACGAUUGCCAUCGUAUUUCAAUCGCGACCCCGAAUCGACGGUUAAGCGAAAAUUGGAUCUGGUUCUCCUGACGUAUACGGCUUUGUCGAUAUUUAUCAAGAAUCUUGAUAAUACCAAUAUCUCUAAUGCAUAUGUCUCGGGAAUGCAAACAGACUUGCACCUAUAUGGUAAUCAAUUGAAUAUUUUCAGCACCAUGUUCAACUGUGGCAUCAUAGUUGGAGCCGUUCCCCUCAUACUCCUAUCAACACACGUCCGCCCAUCCAUCCUCAUGCCAACAUGUGAACUCUGCUGGUCCAUUCUAGUCAUGGGUAUAGCAGGUGCCAAAAAUUACGAAACUAUCUACGGUUUACGAUUUUUCAUUGGGUUCUUUGCCGCUAUCGCAUUUCCAGGUUUUGCUUCUCUGCUUGCCGCAUGGUAUACACCUGCCGAACUCGGAAAAAGGAUGGCGAUAUAUGAGGUAUCGCAGAAUGUUGCGGGCAUGUUUAGUGGAUAUAUUCAAGCCGGAUUAUAUGCACAUAUGAAUGAGAGAAGGAUGGCUAGUUGGAGAUGGCUUUUCAUUUUUGAUGGAAUCAUCUCACUUCCAAUUGCUAUCUGGGGGUUUUGGGCAAUUCCUGACCAGCCAAAGGAUACUAGAGCAUGGUGGCUAAAUUCGGGCGAUCGGACAAUUGCCAUGCAGCGCAUGGACCGUGUAGGCCGCAAACCCCUGAAGAAGGUCAAUUGGGCCCGCUUCAAACGUAUAUGGAAGACCUGGCAUGUCUAUCUCUUUGUCAUUUGUUACGUCUUCUACGGUGCCUUCUCCUGGGGUGACAGCUACUUUGCGCUCUGGCUCCAGUCACUCAACAAGUACAGCGUUGAGAACAUCAACAAUAUUCCGACGACUGGACAAGGUGCUGCUGUAGUCAAUUCUAUUGUCAGCGGUUUCAUUUCGGAUUGGUUGGAGAACCGACCAUUAAUGAUCAUCAUCAACAUGUUAAUAUGUCUUAUGGGAAAUGGCUUUUUAGCAGUCUGGACAGCUCCAACAGCCCUAAAAUUCGUCGGCUACAUCUUCAUCACCACUGGAUUACCAGCACAGUCAUUAACAAUGACUUGGCUGAGCGAGGUAUGCCAGGGAAAUGCUACGCUCCGCGGACUCAUCGUAUCUAUCGGAAACACAUUCAUUUAUGCCAUCAACGCGUGGGCUCUGGUAUUGCUAUUCCCGGCUUUGGAUGCACCACAUUACAAGUACGGAUAUCAGAUAUGUGCAGGAAUGAUUGGUGUAGGAGUUAUCAGUGUCUUUGCUAUUCUGUACGCGAUUUCGGCAGAUGUUAGAUCUGGAAGAGCGUGGAGGAAUGAGAUUGGAUUGUUGGAGUAUGAGAGAUGGAUUCGAGAGUCGGAGGAGGAUGAACACGACGAUGAGUAUCAGCAUUCGACUCUACCCAGACAUGCAUAGCUAUAGGCAAUGCCUAGGAGUUGUAAGACGCUAACUAAAGUAUAAAUAUGUACUUAGUUGCUCUGUUGUGAUUGAAACUCCUGGUUUCAGACAUCGAGAAGCCGAAUUCGAGGCAAUGAUGCCAAGCACAAUGAACACACAUCUGACCUGUAGCUAGAGUUCACUUGAAACGAAUCUGUUAUGAUAUUCUC